UGUAUGCAUUAUAAUAUGACUUAUAUAUCUACUGCUGUCUUGCUUCAAUCUGUCUUUGUUGGAGGGCUAAUGAAAAAUUUGUAUUAAUAUUUUUCUGGCAGCUAUUCCAAGUCAUUAUUGUGGGUGGCGCUAAAUGAGUUUGCACGGCUAAGUAAAUAAAGCAUGUCUUAUUAACCAAAAUCUUAUCUGUGUAUGCUUGCAGCAGGGUUUUUUUUUUUUUGGUACUUAUAAUGAAAUAGACAACUAGUACAGAAACAUUUAUAUGGUAAUGUUCACUCUAGAAGCCUGCAGCUAGCUAAAACCAGUAUGAUUUUAUCAUCAGUAUGAUCAGACCCCACUACCUACUUAGCAAUCCUAUGUAUUCCUUGACUUCUGAGUCCAUUGUCACCAGAUCUUCAAAAUCCCAGUGCAUGUCCAUUUCUUUCCUGCUAAUUAUUUGUAGUUUCUCCUGUUCUUAGGCGCCAUGUGUAGUUUUUUGCCUUGAUCCUCCAUAUUCCUUGGUGCCUUCCUUUUUCAAUUCCUUGUCUCUGUUUUCUAAAGUUUCUUCAUCAACUUAUCACUUACUUUCUCCUGUUUCCUAUAGCCUCUCCAGCUUCUUGAGUCUGGGACCUGCAUCUCUGACUUCUGUUACUCUGCAAAGUGCCCUAUAUAUUGAAGCCUCUGUUUACAAUGAAAUAUUGUAGACAGAAUAAGACUGAUCUGUGCUUAACCAAUAACUGUUUCUGUACAAAGGUGUUGGAAGAAUUGGGGCUAAAUGUAUUUAAAACAAACAUCUGUUUCCAGGUUGUCCUUUUGGGGCCUUGCUUCUCCUGUGUCCUUUAUUUGGCUCUAGAAGCAGACUAUGCCUUACUGAGUCAUAGUUCUGUAAAAUUGUUGUACAGCUGCCAUAAGGCAUGAUGCUAAGGAAAUUCGUGCGAAAUAAAUUGAGAACCAUAGUAGGGGCAUCUACCAAUUGGAGCGAUCACGUACGAGCAAUGAAUGAAAGAAAAGCCCUGCAUACACUCCUUGCUAAAAACCAAGCUGACAUGCCACCUAGAAAAAUGAGAGACAGCUACAUAGAAGUUAUGCUGCCUUUAGGAAGUCAGCCUGAAAUAAGAGAAAAAUAUCUGAAUGUCAACAACACUGUCAGGUUUGGCAGAAUUCUUGAAGACCUUGACAGCUUAGGAGUUCUCAUUUGUUACACUCACACCAAACAUGAAACUCUUCAGAGAUCUCCUUUAUCAAUUGUUACAGCGCUGGUGGAUAAAAUUGGUUUAUGGAAGAAGGUAAUUCAUCCAGAUUGUGAUAUCAAGUUCACUGGGAAUGUUUCAUGGGUAGGAAGGACGUCAAUGGAAGUGAAAAUGCACAUGCUACAGCUGCAAAAUGGUAAUUACUGUCCUUUAUUAGAUGCAACUUUUGUCAUGGUGGCUCGUGAUCCAGAAAACAAAAGGCCAGCAUUUGUUAAUCCAUUGAUUCCUGAAGGUCCAGAAGAAGAAAAAAUCUUUAAGGAAGGAGAAUUGAACAAGAUCAGAAGAACUGAUUUCAGUAAGGUUUCUUUGCUGAAAAUGGCUCCUACUGCAGACGAAAGAACAGUUAUCCAUGACAUGUUUCUUAAUACGCUGGAUUCAAAGACAGUUAGUUUUCGGAGCCGUGUGUUGCCACCCAGUUCCAUGUGGAUGGAAGAUGCAAAACUCAAGGGUCUGGAGAUCUGCCAUCCACAGGAGCGCAACAUUUUCAAUAGAAUCUUUGGCGGAUUUCUCAUGAGAAAAGCAUAUGAACUUGGAUGGGCUACUGCCUGCACCUAUGGAAGUUCUAGACCAUAUGUGAUGGCUGUAGAUGAUAUCAUGUUUCAAAGACCAGUUGAAAUUGGAUCCUUAUUAUUUUUUUCUUCCCAGGUAUGUUAUACUGAAGAAAAUUUCAUCCAGGUUCGGGUACACAGUGAAGUUUAUAAUUCAGACACCAGAGAACACCACACAACUAACGUCUUCCACUUUACAUUCAUGUCAGAAAAUCAGAUACCACAGAUUGUUCCAAAGACUUAUGGGGAAUCCAUGCUGUAUUUAGAUGGCAAGCGGCAUUUUGAUUCAGCUAUGAAAGAAACCCAUGCAUAGGAGCCAUGCAGCUGUACAGCAAAAUGCUGUCUUUGGAAGGUCAUUGGUAAGACUUGGAAGCUUAUCAAAGGAAUGUGGAGCAGCAUUUCUACUUCUGAAAAACACGAUCAUGAAUGCAGAACUUUUAUAUACAACUUUUAUACAUAAAUAUUGUUUACUGCUAUUUGUGUGAGCAUGUUUAAGUUGACUUUGCUAUUUCUCAUCUUUUCUGUGUUUCCUUCUUAAUAAAUAAGAGAGAAAACAAAAUGAUAAACAGUGGUCGAAUGGGUCCACAGGGACUUGCAUGGGAGAUAAAUACCAUGUUUUCUUUGCUCCCCCUUGUGUUGGCUAUGGUUCAAGCUCCUCUCCUUCCCCUGCCCCCAUCUUAGUGGAUGCAAACCUGAGGCUUCUGUUGGGUUUGCAGAACUCUAAAUCAUGGGGGAAGGGGCAAGAUAGGAAGAUUGCACCAGUGCCCAUGCUAUCGGUGCCAUGAAAAAUGCCAGACUUCUGUGCUAGCCACUGUGGUACUGAAAGUUGAAACCUCAGCCCUGCAAUGAUGGGUCUCCAUCACAACAGCCGUUGUCCACAAGGAGGAGGGUGUUUUGGGGGUAUUCCCAAAGGACUUUUGGCCUGGGAACCCCCCUCCCCCCCAUGCUGACAACCGACUUAAGCCACCAAAAAGUGUGGCAUAAGUUGAUGUUAUCAAUGGAAUUUUUCAGACGGCUGUGGUUUUUACAUUUUCUCCCCUUCCAUGCCACCUGAAACCCCAUUGGAGGUGGCAUGGGUGCAGUGCCAUGACACUAUCCCCAGGUGCCGCUCUACUACCCCCGCCUUUGGAUUGGGCUGAGCCACUGCUGGUUAUGUGUCGGGUACAAAAUUUGGUUGUGAGUUUAUUUAGUGUCUGUCCUUAAUCCAUUAUAUAUUUGCCUUUAAACUUCUCUGCCAUUUCUGACUUGUAGGCAAUUCAACAAGCGUGUACACCAACUGAAAAGGAUUAAUUAUAAGUGCAAGGCCUGCACGUAACUUCAUGUCCUUUAUCCCAGCCUACAUAUUCUUAAAUGGCAUUCACUCCAUAAGAAAUGACAUUCUAUAAAGAAGUAUGAAGGCUUGGCAGGCCAUGCCACAUUUGUUCAAAUUCCCUCUGCUAUUCUGGCAAGGUCUCUGUACUAAGCCUAUGGUAGAACUUUACAAAAGCUGCUGCCUUCUGCCUGUUUUUUGCUCACAAGUCACAAAAUAUGCAGAAAAUUGGAAAGUGAUGGAGGGUCACUAAAUAGUAGAUGCUUUUUAGAAGAAACUGCAAAGUUACUUGUUGGAAUUUUCUUCAGUUAAGCAAGAAGCAGCCAUGAAUGUAAUCUUUGAUCCAGUCAUAUCCAAAGACCAUGUGUAUUCUUUAAUAAAUAUAUUUGAAGCAA